AUGUCGGUUCUAUCUGUGGGGCUUGGUUUGGGAAGAGGGGGCUUGAGAAUGGCUCCUGAAGAAGCACUUGGAGAAAUACUUCAGGUCCCUCUGGGUUGCGUUAUGCCUUUUUCCCUGGUGAAUGAAUCUGGACGCCAUGUCUCUCUGUUGUUGGAUCACAAAUUUAAAAGUCAGGAGUGGUGCUUCUUCCACCCUUUAUCGAAUGACAUGUCAAUCUCACUUAGUACCCAUGAUCUUGACAAGUUUCUAAAAUCAAUUGGGAGAGACUCAUAUGUUGACUUGGAGGCUAACCCAUCGGUUGGGAAGGAUCAACCGCCUGAUCUUGCCUGCUUUGUGCCGUCAGGUUCCACAGUGUUGCCAGACCCUCCGCAACCAGCAACUUCCUCAGAAGGUCGUGUAGAAAUUCAAGUUUCUGUGGAUAACAAAUCAACAGCAGUAUAGGUACUGUCAUGUGAAACUGCACUCUGCAGAAAUAUAGAAAUACAAAGAGAGUUGAUUCCACGAUAAAUUCUCCUAAUAUAGUUCUAUGAUAAUUAAUUUUCGUCCUCAUAAGUUGCCAUGCUGUUAUGGUACUUUCUACAUUUAAGUAGCUCGUUUCCGAUCAUAUUUUUAGAGAGAUAUUAGCAUUUUUCUUGUUUGGGGAUUUGGGAGAUGUUAAAAUUGGGCUUCCUGUUUUUUAUUCAUGUUAACCAGUAAAAUAUUCUUUCAUGAUGCA